CACAAGUUCGAGCAAAUUGUAGCGAUCGAAAUCAGAAGGAAACUUGAUUUAUUAACGCUGAUUGAGAAGAACAAAAGUCGGUUGUUAGUUCAAGUCUAACCUCUUUCUGCUAUUUUGAUCCAAAUACCAAAUCUCUAAAGAUCCAGACGCGUCUGAAAAUCGACAGACACACAUCGCAAGCAAAUAAAUUUGAUCAAAGGCCACAAAUCACCACUGAGUUACGCGCGCUGUGGAUCCUAUUCCACCAAAUUGAUACAGGGACCGGCUUUUUUCGCUGUGAGUCUGAUCUUGUUUUGUACAAAACUUGAUCGGGUUUUCGCUUCGAUUAAGCUGCUUGGCAAUCUUUCAACUACAACUGGUACUACUUUUCUUUCGCUCUCUGUCGGAAGAAACGCACAAGAACUCUUCAACCUUUAGAUAUUUUCUGUAGAAUUCUCGACCUGUGAACACGUGGCAUCUGGAUACUAAUCUAAUUUUAUUCCGAAGAACAAGAGCGCGACAAGAAUAUUAACUGUGAGCUAUUCAUCGACAAAGCGUAUAAUUUCGACCGUACAAUCUGUUUCUCCGAUAACAUUUCUAGAAGAUAAGCAUUUGUUGUGUUGUACAGCAGCUGCCUAGAAGACCAGAAGUAGACGUUAUUGACAAAGCAAGAAAGAAGCAACUCUUGAAAAAGAUCACGCUUGAACAAGACCACUCCACUGGAUCACAUCACACAUCAGACGGAACCUGGUACUAGUACCUCAUCGGGGACCCUCUGGAUCAUCAAUCAGACUCGAGACCACUGCCUGGGAGCCGCAGAGACAGCACGCAAGAGUAGAUCUUUUGUCACGACCGGAUCUCGAAGUAGCGAUCCAUCCGUGAUCACAGCUUCUCGGAAAAAAUUUCUGGCAAAAUGGCAGAGCAGCAAGAGGAACAGAGUCCGCAGGUGCAGGACUUUUCCGUCGACGACGAGUCUAUGGGCUCCGUCGUGAAGAUCUUUUCCAUCCCGCAAUCGUGCGUGCCCAGGAUCAUCGGGCCCGAUGGUUAGCUAUUUUUUUGCUUUUGAUACUGAUACUGAUUGAUCUAGUACUACAACGUCAAAACGCGACAAGAAACUUCCAACCGAAAAAUUCAAAUGUGAUAAAAGAUGAUUUUGAAGAAAUUGAAAUUCUACCGCUAAUUAAUAUACCCGUCUGCCCGAAUGAUGAUGAUCAUGACAAAGCUCCCUUUAGAUUAAAGUUAGAACGAGCUCCUGCAACUGGCGCGUUGUGCUAUGCGAUCAUCCGGAGGGCCGAGCGGCGCUGUGAGAGAGGAAGAUGAUGUUGUCCCUGUAUCUAUCCAUCCGGUUUGCAUAGAAUGUUAUUGAAGACUGAUCCAUGGGAAUUUGUAAAAAAUUGGUGACAGCUGAUGUCAUGCAUUGAUUGCGAUCGCGCACAAGGACAAGUAGUUGUUGAUCAAGGAGAUCGAACCCGACCGGACCACGGGUAUUUAUGUGAAUAUACAAGGAGCUAGCGCGCCAGUUAAGAUUGAUCCCGCUCGACGCUGCUCAGUCGACGAUGAUUAGAGGGAUCGGGAUGGCAGCAAUAGUGCGAAGCAAGAUCUUUUGUUUCUGGCUCGUUUCUACCUUUAUUGCGUUCACAGCACGAAGAAACUGGACGCAGCCGAAGGAUCUUUUUGACGGGCGCGAUGUGUAGUUUCACAUUUAUGAAUGACAAGAACGUCAAUAUCCGCAACUAGAGUAACAGUUGCGGUUUGCAUGUUUUUCUGCCCUGUGGAUCAGCUCGAUCUGGCUUGUGUAUGCAUGGUGUUAGUCAAGCUCCGGUUCUUUCAAGAAAAAAUCAAAAUCGGGAAGAUCCGAAAAAACAUCUCUGUGUGGGCAACCACGAGCCUGCUUCAUAGCACUGAGCGUGCAUAUCGUGCUUUGCGAAAGCCCUCUUUGAAAGCGCAUAGAAACAAGAACCGGGGCGGCGAAUCACCUGAAAGGCGGUGCUCGCUGAAAAACGGAAGAACGGUUGGCGUUCUCGAAGAAACAACACGACCGAAAAUACAGCAAAGAAAAAAGGACGGCAGAAAGCAGCUCAACGAACUACUGCGAGUAUCAAAAAACUACGGAAGCAGCAACUACCUAAGUACCCACAGCCACGGAAGACGAAGCUGUCGCGACCAUCUGCGGAAUACAUAGCUUGCCAGGGACCCUCGCCGGCAACACUAAUGCAACACGCAUCAUCUUCUUCUCUCACGGUGCUUAUCAGCCGACCCGGUAGUUCGCCAGCUGUAAGAGGAGGAAGUCGAAAAGGGAGCUCUAGAAUUUCAGUAGCAGCGCCAGACCACUAACUUCGGGCGACAGACAAAUGAAAUUAAUUUAUCGCUUGCUAGGUUCGACGAUUCGCGAGCUGAAGGCAAACUUCGCGUGCAGCAUCGCGAUUAACCAGGAGACCAAAGAGAAGGGAUACUCCGUUUGCACCGUUCGGGGCGAAACCGACGAGUCCGUCGGCGAGUGCAAGGCAAAAGUGGACACUCUCUCCGAAGAAUCAAAAAUGAACGCCUCCAAGGAAGUGCAGAUCCCGCAGAAAUACGUCGGUAUGUGGCUCACAGAUUAAGUUGAUUUGCAAUUACCUUUGGGUGGAUUUUUCACGGGCUAUUAUUAUAACGCUCCGUCAUGAUUAUACGCAUCUGAAUUCUUUGCUCUAUGCUACUUAUUAGGGAUACAGCAGCUUCACGUUGCAAAGUAAAUACACGGAAAUUUCUUCAGGUAUGAUUAUUGGCGCAGCGGGGGUGACGCUCCAGAAAAUAAGAAAGCACACUGGCGCAUCCAUUGAAGUCAUGCAGGAAACGGCUAACGAUGGGUUCUCCGUCGCACACGUCUCUGGAAGCUUAGAGCAGGUACUAUACGAUCGUAGCGGCGCUACGGCUCCUUACUAGGCUGCAAUGAGAAUUAUACCUAGUUGUAGGAGAUCGAGAUGCUGGAUCCUUUUUUGAAGAAACGAAAUCCAGCAUUUAUAUACCCUGUACUAACGUGAAAACGCACAGGUCGACAAAACCGUGGAUGUAAUUUCGAAAAUGGUUGUGUCGGGGAGACAAGCGUCCGAGGGGUACCAAGAGUAUUUGAAGAAUGUGCAAGCGGGAUUAGUGCCUGCCGCACCGUUCAAGCCGGAUAAGAUGCCGGGACUGGAGUUUUUGGAGGAUGAUGACCACCCGCAUGGCGGGAAGUCCGCCCCGUCAAAGGGCCACAAAUCAGGUAAGGGGGAUCAGGAUCAUCACCACCAUCAUGGUGGGAAUAGUGGUUAUAAGGGAGGAGGUGGUGGAUACCACGGUAUAGAAUCUAACGGGAGGAAGGAGAUCAUGUUAACUCUGGCCCCUCUCCAUGGAACCAUGUGCUUGCACAUGCGAUGUUGUGAUGUUUUCUUAUGUUUGUCAGCCUCAUAGUGAUCAUUUACAUUUUCGCAUGGAAAAGAACAUGAUUAUUGACAGCACACAAGGAACUUUGCUGCAAAUUUGGCAUUGCAUGCAAAAUUUUCAUUUUAAGCACAAUCCAUGCUGCGAGUCGGCUCUGGUGCCGAGGAGCGGUGGUCUUGUCCUUCGUAAACCAAGUUUAUUCCGAAAUAACAUAUCAAACAGGUAAAGGGAAAGACAUGGGCUACACACCACGAGGAAAGGUUGGUGAUAAUGGAGAAGUUAGAGGAGGGUUCGUUGGAGGAGGUGUCGGCAUCAAGGGCGGAAGCGGAAAGGGAAUUGCAUUCGUUGACGCGUCAAAGCACACGCUUUCUGACACUUUCGAGGUAGAGGGUUUUUUUUGCUGCAAAAUACGCUCGUCUCUCGUACGAUAAUUCUCAACAUGGGCAGAUUGAUUGACAAGCAAGGCAAGUGCAAAGCAAAACGCAGGGUCAUAUUUUUCCGCGAUCCAAAAACUCCUUCACCGCAGGUGCCGCAAAAAUACGUUGGCCUUUUAGUGGGCAAGCAGGGUGAGGCGAUCCGACGAUUUCGACAAUACGCAGCAGAGAGAGACAUGGCGAUCCGCGUUAACCAGGACGACAACGGCGCUGCCGCAUCGGUAGUGAUUACCGGAAACGAUAUGGAUGAUAUUGUCGCUUUGAAGGCCGACAUGACGCAAAACCUUUUCCAAGCGAUUGCCAAGCUCGACGCCAACGGGCCAAAGGGCGGCGACCACAAGGGUGGAUACGGCAAGAAGGGAAAGGGAAAAGGAAAGAUGAACAACUACCACCACCACAAGGGGUACUUCCACGCAGCUGCUUGCUUUACUUAUUUUUUUUCCGCAAUAAAUUCCCUUUACGUGGUAGCAUCACAAUCGGUAUCGUUUGGCAAUUAUGUGCAGCAGGGAAUGCGGCUAUUCGAACACCACGGAAGUCAUCUCGACCAAGAACUCACAACUCUAUAUCAGGCACAACAGCUACCACGAUGAUCAUUACGGUGGCUCCGGUAGCUUCGAUCGCGGUAACACGCACACGCCAGAAGUAUACUACGGUCCGACUGGCGGUAGUGGCAAGGGCGGCAAUGGCAAGGGGUAUAACACCCAUGGACCCUAUGGUGGCGGCAACAAGGGGGGCGGCAAAAACUACAACCAGGACGAUGGCGACUGGUGGGCCAACGUCUUCAACCAGGUAUACAGUUUUUCAACACAAGCACAACGCGUAGUAAAAAGAAACAGUUUCGUCUCGGGUUCGUUGCUUUUCGUUUUGUUUCUUCAUCGUUCGGCUGGGAAACAGAAAAAGGAAAUCGCAAGUCGUUGGUCCGGUAAUUGCGCAAAUCGGUUGUUGGUCGGUGUGGUGGGUUGGUGCUACUUGGACCGGAAUGAGCAAAGGUCGGUUUCUUUUCGGUGAUGAUGAAGAAGGUCCGUGUUUCGAUGUGUACUGUUUCUUCUGUGUCACAAGAAAGUCUGUUAUACUAGAGCAAGAAAACGAAUGAGAAUCCACUACAUAUUUGCUCACAACUACUCUAGAUGGUGAAUUUAUCAUCGGUUGCAUCAUGAUGAAAAGCAAGAGUCCUGAUAGAAUUUGUAGUCGGCAUGAAAUUUUCUCAUCUUUUCGGUCGUUGAUGCGCAUCUACUUUUUCGGUAAAGCACUGCCGGGGCAAAAAUAGGGGAGAAAUAAAAGUCGUGGGCUUGGGCUUGACACGCAUGGUAGAAAUUAUUUUCAAUUUUUUUUUCCACAUGAUAUGACGCAUAGGUUCUUCAAGGACAACAAGACAAAUCUGGAGACUACUCUCAGGCGCAGCAGCAGAACGACUGGGGCAACCAAGGCAACAACUGGGGCAACAACAACAACAGCAACCAGGGCGCCAGCUCGAUGAGUGACGGCGACUUGGGCUCCGCACUCGCUGCUCUACUGUCCGCACCUACCGGCGGCAACCAGUCCGGAGGCCAGUGGUAAAUUACAUACCGCCAUCCGCCGCCACCGCGAGAAGUUACCUUUUAAGGACAUUGUCAGCAAUAAAGAACGGAAAGACAAAGCUUUUGUCGGGUUUAGUGUUAAAUAGACUAGAAACCAAUGGUGCAGUGUCUGAACGAGAGGCACAGCACAAAAGCGCCAUCCUCUGCCAGUGUAACAGGGGAGAAGAUGAAACAUAGAGAUUCUAGCUGCUCUAUUACACUUUCGGCUGUGACUAAGGUUCAUAGUUCAGUGAAGAAAGUCACACGCUGUACUUGGUUGGGUUCUCACGCAAGGAGAUUGAUAUCCUGCGAACAGAACAGGUUGAGCAGCCGACCAAAUUAUAACGUAGUAGUGUUGGUGCCUUGAAUUAUAUGUUCCUGGCAUUCUAAGUGUAGAACAAGUUCACAGUGAGGCGUACGAGAAUAUGGGUGAUUAUUUCUACGACCUUUUAUUCCAUUUUUCUUAUACUCUUUUUACAACGUCUGUCAUAGUAUCCGUGCCGAAAACUUUCAACCUUCCAUCAGCCUUUGAUUUAUUAGUACACUUGAUUCAUCUGAUCUGCCAACAUCAGUUCUUCAUGCUAGAAGUUAAAUCGAAAGACUAAAUGACUGCUGCGCCACGCCAUGGACAGCAGGGAACAGAACACCAUCAAACAGGUGCAGUUUUAAAAUGAACCGCGCUCGUUUUUAUGAAAAAGUUCUAUAGUGGAUUGAUCACCAAACUACAGACAAGAAUAGCCUCGACAGACGAAGCGACGACACACGCGACAGAGGUUUAUUUAUCGAAGUGAAAUAGUGACGAUAGAAUAUGAAAACACACAACCACGCCAGGGCGAAGCAACAUACGCCUUUCCUGACCUCUACGACGUCUCCGUACUAGCCCAGAACUAGGACGGACAGCGCGUCUGUGAGGUCGAUUUUUGAUGUACUUAUCCGUAAGUGAGAUCACCUUUCUUUCUACUUACUUUGUCAUCAUCACGAUAAUUCUAUGGGAGUAUAGUUAGACUAGAGUAUCGGUCCGUGACAUGUAGGUAAAAAUUCCAUUCAGCGAAUACUUCGACUCAGAUUUCUUCUAGCCAUCUUUUCGACCCUAAUACAGCAUUUAGCCGUCGAAGAAAUUUCAGCUUGCAACGUGAUAGCCUUCACGCAUCAAGCGAGAUAAUAGAAGAAAGAAAUUGAAGUAGAGCAAGGUCGGAGCUGCAGCAGGCCACCACGAGACGAUUGUGGAGACUGUUUCUCAUAAAGUCCCGGCAGCACGGCACGCAGAUUGAUCACGAAAUCGGACCGGGGAUCAGAUGACAGCACGAUGAAGGUUGGUAACUAAUCCAGAUCUCUCACAUCAGGUCAGCAGCCGAUAACUAGCGUGCGCCCACGAUAAUUUCGGAAUUGGUGCUUCAGAAAAUCCCGGGUCGAAGAUGAUGCCGAAUGACUAAAGUCAAGAAGUAGAUGAUCAACUUGCAUUAAGUACAAAAGAUUCAUUGAGUCGAGCUCUCUUGCCUAUGCAUUUAGGCAGAGGAACUAGCUCGGACGAACGAUCAACCUAUAACGAUGUUUACAUCCACGUAUGGACAAUAAGAAGAUCUGAGCCUGAUGCAGGUGCAUUUGCAACAAACUCUUCCAGAAUUAGUUCUACUUUUGUUCUAGAGUUGUAGGGAGCAGCAUUUGUAACGUUAACGUUUUACUUAUGUAGAGUAGGGUUUAUGUAUUGCAUCGAAAGGUGAUCACAAACGACCCUGUAGACUAAGAAACGGAAAGAUUUUCAAGAUCACACCCUGCUGAUCCAUUGGCGUUCUUUUGC